UUUGGAAACUGCCCCAGCAGAAGUCGUUGAGUCGAAAGUGAAGUGUGUUGACGGCGGAUGGUGUACGUGUGUGCGUGUUAGUUCUAACUUGAUCAUCCCCCAAUAAUUCUCGCUUCAGUAACUUCUAAUGGGGGAUUACAAAUUUAGUGUGAAUGCUAGCGUAGGUUCUGUGUCGUCAGUGGAGUUCCCUGUUAGCACGACCAGCAAUUCGUCGUUGUUCUUCACCACACCUUCGUCAGUGCCGGACUCCGUGCCGUCCUUACAGCAUUCGAGUUCGAUGCAAGAUGAUCUUUUGAUUGAAAAAUCGUCUGUAAAGGCACAACUGAGCUCCCAGAACUCCGACCUAAACGGAGACCACAGCCUCAAGUCCAAAGAUGAAGAUGGAAGUUUGGGGGUCCAAGCCGAUAAACAGAACGACCAGUCUCAACUGGGACCCGUAGUUUCUGCCCCUCUUCAAUUGCCAACCGGUUAUAAUGUUUCAGAGCCGAGUUUAAAUGUUAUCAAUUCUAGUAACCCGUCCACGGCCAGUUUGUGGUCCACUGGACCGAUCGAUGAUGCGUUGAUGCAAAGUUUAAAUGUUGGGCCUGCCGUGAACGGGACUCUAGCGUUUCAAAAUUUUCCUCCGACCAAUCCUAAUGCUCUUUAUAACACAAGUUUAGGCCCCCAAAUGUCAGGAUUGCCCCAAACUCAAGUGCAGCCCCCGCAGCAACGUCGAGCCAUAACUGCAUCCCACAAUUUCCCACAUAACCUCUCACGGCACAUUCAACAGCAAAACCAUCCUCAGAACAUGUACAUGGCAAAUAAAGGCUAUACAUCUUGGUCGAGCCCACAGCAGAAUACCUGGUCUCAGGGCCCCCAAAAUCAGGCUAAUAUGACUGGUCUCUCUCCAUGGAAUAGAGGCCGGUCUGUACCGAAUCUAAACCCUUUACAACAAAUGGCAAAUCGCAAACCUAGUCCUACGUUUAAUCAUCAGCACUCCGGAAUGGUUAUUUCUCCCAAGUUUAGACGCAGUACUUCUUAUCCAGGAAAAGGACUCUUUCCGCAGCCACCAACUUUCGAGAUCACCAACAUGGACGAGAAUCGUGAAAUGCUUCUACCAUAUCAGGAACGAACGAUGGGAAACGCUAACGGCACAAGCCCUCUGGAUAACAUGAGGAACCUGGAACACUACCUGAGUGACAUCAUGAGAGGCACUACGGACACCCCGGACCACCAUCUUAAAGGUACUGAAAACAGGAUACAGCAGCUUCAGAAUUACCGUACAGAACAGCGCCCUUACAAAACGGCAUUUCUCAACGAGUCAGGAUUCAUAAACUGCAACACGAACGCCCUUCAAUCUCUGGCACAGCUUCAUGGCAAGUCCCCGUUUUUCCCGGGCCUGGAAGACCAAGCAGCAUUGCUGGAGGAUCCCACCUCACAUCUCGUAGAUGGACAAGUGAUGGCAGCUCCUCCACCUCCCCUCAGCUCUCCCUCCCGAUCCUCCCCCCACAGCCAGGGCUCUGAGACUGGUGAAAGAUUCUCCAGGAAAGUCUUUGUCGGUGGUCUACCUCCAGAUAUUGAUGAAGAUGAAAUCACAGCCAGUUUCCGCAGAUUUGGACCACUUGUCGUCGACUGGCCUCACAAGGCAGAGAGCAAAUCUUACUUCCCACCCAAGGGUUAUGCUUUCCUUCUAUUUCAGGAUGAGAGCUCUGUGCAGCAACUGAUUGACGCUUGUAUCCAAGACGAAGACAAGCUGUACCUCUGCGUGUCCUCACCCACAAUCAAAGACAAGCCAGUGCAGAUCCGCCCCUGGCGCCUAUCUGAUGCAGACUUUGUGCUGGAUGCCUCCAUGCCGCUGGACCCACGUAAGACCGUUUUCGUGGGGGGUGUCCCUCGCCCUCUCAAGGCCGUGGAGUUGGCCAUGAUAAUGGAUCGUCUGUAUGGUGGCGUGUGCUACGCAGGGAUCGACACAGACCCAGAGCUCAAGUACCCGAAGGGUGCUGGCAGGGUGGCGUUCAGCAACCAGCAGAGUUACAUUGCAGCCAUCAGUGCUCGCUUCGUACAGCUGCAGCAUGGUGACAUUGACAAGAGGGUCGAAGUGAAGCCAUAUGUACUUGAUGACCAGAUGUGUGAUGAGUGUCAGGGUCAGCGCUGUGGUGGCAAGUUCGCUCCGUUCUUCUGCGCCAACGUCACAUGUCUUCAGUACUACUGUGAGCAUUGUUGGGCCACCAUCCACUCGCGCCCCGGCCGAGAGUUCCACAAGCCUCUGGUCAAGGAGGGUGCUGAUCGGCCACGGGCUGUGCCCUUCCGUUGGUGUUAACCCAGGCGCACAUUAGCGCAAUUCUCUAGCCAAUCCGUAUAUUAGCCUAGAUUCUCUUAAUUCGCUGUAAACAUAGUCUAAUUCUCCAUUAACUGUUAUCAUUACAUAUUGACUUUAUGUAACUCUUCACCAUUCUUUAGAUGUCUUGUGGCCCUUUCGCCGCGUCCUUGUCAGUUUUGGUGAAAUCCUCUUCAGGGUAUUUUUGUAAAUACGCAUCAUCUAUUGGGAAGUCGUAUGCUCUACAAGCCUAACAGUACCUUUUUCACUUCCUUGAGUCCUUUAAUUCCUUUUUUCUUCUCUGUUGGAUUUUUUCUGUUUGAUGUAACAACAAGUCCCUCACAUGUUUUGUAUAGUCGUUGUAAAUAGUCGCUGUAAAAACAUUUUUGAUUGUACUGAGCCAAAACUUGUACCACGUAGUUUAACAGACCACUUGUGUUUUUGUAUUGUCAAAAGAAUACAUUUCCUCAUAGGUAGUUUGUUUUAUUUUUGGGACUCGUUUUUGUAUAUAAACACUUUUUUACUUUGCCACUGACCUUUGAUAUUCUGAUCGGCAUAACUACUUUUGUACGUUACGGAAGGAGGGGUGAAAGCCUUGGACCAGUGAGAUUCUGAUGCUGUCCAAUCCCUUCUCUCACUACAAUGUCUCGGCAUCAGAUGUUCAGAUCUCCCGAUACCAAAGAGAUGGAGAUAUCUAGUCAACCCUAACCUAAUCCUAAUCCUAAUCCUAACCCUAGCCUAGCUCUAGCUUACAAGCUGAGUAAGUGUCUUCUCUCCAUAUGGGUACAAAGAGUCCUUUAUUUUAUAUCUCCUAGUAAGGUGUAAGAAAUAUUAAUAUAUAAAUAGUGACCCCUCCCUGUAUUUGUCCCACUUUUUUACGAUUUGUAAAUGCUUUCUUUGAGGAUGGGAAGUUGGCCGAUGGUCAAACCAGGUUCAUAGUCGGAUUUUAAUUUUCUACUUUUAAUAAUGAUUCCAGCGAAAGAGUAAAGCCUUACCGCUUGUUUAGAUUUUCAAUUCAGAAUGAGAAUUUUCAUACCGGAUGUUGAGUGUUUCAUACCAUGUGUUAAAAGUGUUUUUAAGAAUAUUCGAUUCCAGUAAUUGAAUGAUAUAGAUAGAUGUAUGUUAUUUUUUACUUUCUUAAUAAAACGUAGUUGUUAUUUUUACGAGCGAUUGCGUUUGUUGUGUUGUACGCUUGUAACGGACUGCUGUAAGCGGUCGCCUCGUGUUGCCAAGCAGCAUACCAGGCUAGGCCUAAUAACGAAUGUAUCUUUUCUACACAGAACUAAACAAACACGUUUGUCUUAUGUGAUAGUUGUAUUCAAUACAGAGUCUACUCGUGAUUCGUUUGUAGCCUUGGCUAAAUUAUUUUAAACGUUUAGCACUAUAAUUGAUACUUUUUUUAUUAAUCAAAUAAGACUAUAAAAUUUGUAUAGAUAUUCCAGUGUGAUGAUUCCACCUGUGUAGUAGAGUGUAGUUUCUAUUAUAUACAGUCUGGCACUUUACCGUAGUAUAGUGUUCACACCUGUCGAUGUACCGUUACCGUACCGACUGAUACAGUACCGUACCGUACCGACCUACAAUACAAUAUGUGUCGGUAUCUCGUAUUUGUGUCUCUUUGUUACCAUUUUCUGUAGACUGCAUCACACGCUUUUCUCAAUUUGGAUUUUAACAAUACACUUCUCGGUAAGUCGCCUCUGGUGGUUUACCCGAUAUCUACUUUUAUUGAACUAUAUUUAAUGUAGGGAAAUUUUAGGGUAUAAAUUAGUAUAAAUAGGUUUUAUGAGACGUUCUAAGCAGAUGUGUUCUCUGUAAUAGUUUUCUAGUUUGUCUUACAAUUGGUCUGAGGCCUGAGGCGACGAUGGACACACGAUAGUUGCCGAGGCUGCACCCAACAACUUACAGAAAAUUGUACAGGACCAAACAACUACUAUUUGUCGUCAAACAUUGUACAAAACCUCAAACAUAACUUUGUAGAUGCAUGAAUCUGACUAGUAGCUCAUCAAGAAAUACUUUUACUGCUGUAUUUGCUAUGGGUCUUUUUAUAUCUACGCGUUUUUUAAAGUCUUAGUAAAAGUAUUUCUUCUCAUCUUCUGGAAUGCGAUUGAAAUAAUUCAAAAAAAAGGUUAAAAAAAAUAAGGACUUAGCACAAUGUUUGCACCUCUGUGGAUUUGUAACCUUGAUACAUUGAAUAGGCUAACAAGGUUCAUUCUUAUUUAAUUUAUAAGUACCAACUGAAUUCAGAGUUUUAAUUAUUUUCUGUAUUAUACUUGUGUGGUUUUAAAAUUUAUAUCCUUAAAAUUUAUGCUAAAGUAUUUUGUUGUUGUAUAGUAUCAUUUAAUUUUAAACUGUUGGAGAUUUAAUAGAGUUUAUUUACAUUAUAUUUAUUUAUUCAAUGUGUUCUGUUAUUAAUUUCAUAUUUUGUAACCGUUAAGAUAUUACUUGUUGAUCUCUGAAGAUUUUAAUUUGAUAGUAACAGACGAAGCCAAGCCAAUUGCACAGACAAACUCAGUUCCACUGACUGAAAUGUUGUUGUAUAUACUUCAUCGCAAUUUGUUACACACAACACAAUAACCAUUUUCUAAUUUCAAUACUCGAGUUACCAGAUUUCGAUUGACCGACCUCAGCUUCAACGUCGGCGGAAUGUCAUGUUUCAAUCGCAUCGUUAGUCGAGUCGAGCCGAGUCGGUGUGAAAGUACAAAUGUCGGUGUGUGUCUCGCUGUUUUGCUUUGGUGUGCCCGUGCCCGCUGUAUAUACUGUACUGUACCCUCAAUGUUACCACUAUGUUAAGUCUAGUAUUGUGCACUACUUAGCGUUAAGUGUUUGGUGUGGCACUGUUGUAGUCAAUUGUUAUGGUUUGCCGGACGUUUCGUCUCAUCAAAUCUUUAUUUUUCUAUAACUUCUAGCUUGUGAAUUCUUUUUGGUCAUGAAAUUACCACAAAGUUUUUAUAAUAUUAGCACAAGCUAUCGAAUUCGGUUACCUUUUAAACUUUCUAGAUUCUAAUAUAUUUAAAAUAUUUUUUUAAUAUGUAAAGUGUUUUUAAAUUAAUAGUUUUUUAUAGACGAUUACAUUUGUAUGUAGGAACGUGCAAUAGCUAAGUAGGUUCGAAAUCUAUUAGCCCUCAGACCAGGCAGGCAGGGUACCCUACCGGUGAGUUUGUAUGACAGACACUCCGGUCUGCCUAACAAAAAUAUUUUAGCUAACAAUUUUAUAUAUGUUCUAAACGCUAUGUAAGUUAUAUGUUAUGUCUUGUUGAUACUGUGAACCAAAGCAAAACAGCCGCCGUCGUGCGAGCUAGGAAAGGACUAGUUCUGGCUUUAAUUAAUUUUAAAUUAAUACUGUUAGUUAUAGUAUUCUAGAUAGGGGUUCAUAAUUUGUGUGCAUUUUCAAUCACUCCUAUUUUUUAUGAAUUUUGUACAUUUUCUAAUUUUUGUACGAUAAACGCAGACGGUCAGCCCUGUGCCUGGCGACUGUCCGCAUUGCUUUGUAACCAAAAUUCACCCUAGUUAUUUUUGUUGAAGAUCAAACUUUUUAUGUUUUAUAAAAUAAUUAUUAAAAAUGUCAACUGUGUUUAUUUGAUAAAUAUUGCUGUUAAUUCUUCAUA